CGUUUAUACCAUUAUGAGUAUUUUUUAAAAUUUAUACGCAAAUGACUAACUGCAGCAUUAAAACGUGAUAAAACUAAUGCGAAUUCAAAAUUAUUCAAAAGCAAUUUUUUGCUUACAAGUUUUACAACAAAUACCUAUUGUAUCGUAAACAUAGAACAUGGAAAAACUUAAAUUUCGUUUAAUCGAUCUUUUUCCCCAACUUGCAGCUGCAUUUAUUGCCACUUUAAGCUCAAUUUCGGAUGGAAUGCACUAUGCUUGGUCAGCUCCUCUUCUUCCUCUUCUCCGUGCCGAAACAAGCCCCGUAAAAAUCACAAAAAUUGACGAGAUUUGGUUAGAAGGAUCUUAUUUGGUUUCUGGUUUAGGAGGACUCCCAAUAACUAUUUCCCUAGUUGACAAAAUUGGACGAAAAAAUGCAAUUUUAGCUGCGUCAGCCACAAAUUUGUUUUCGUGGAUUUUAAUUGGUUCAUCCAGACAUGUUGCACAGUUGUAUUGUGGAAGAAUUUUGGCUGGUGUGUCUGGAGAUAUGACUUAUGUAGCAAUCCCGAUGUAUCUCUCAGAAAUUUCAAAUGAAAAGUAUCGUGGAUUUUUGACAUGUUUUAAUUUUAACAUGGUUCUACUUGGGACUUUGUUGAUUUCAGUCAUUGCUCCUUUUACACCAUACUAUGUUCCCUCAUUGGUUGGUGUAAUUUUAUUAAGCACUCAGUUAUUUAUCUCUCCACUGAUGCCAGAAUCACCGUACUUUCUUCUGAGUAAAAAUAGAAGCGACGAAGCUAAAAUAGCUCUAGAAAAACUUCGAGAAAAUCAUGCCAACAUCGACGAUGAAUUUAAUGAAAUCGCAAGAGCAGUUCAAAGGCAAAACACGCAAAAAGGAAAAUGUACAGAUUUACUUCUAGUCAGAAGUAACAGAAAAGCUGUCACAAUUAUAACAAUCCUAAUCCUCUGCCAAUUCUUCAUCGGCUUCAGUGCUAUUAUUAUGAAUGUUCACACAAUUUUAGAAGAAGCUGAUUCGUCAAACGUGAUCAAUGUCGAAAGAUACGGAAUCAUAUUUUACUCACUUAUGGUCCUUUCUGCUACUUUCUGUUGCCUAACUGUUGAUAAGUUUGGCAGAAAAAUACUUCUGAUUGUAUCAAGUGUUCUCUCCGGAGUUUGUUUACUAAUUAUGGGAAUUUAUUUUAAUUUACAAAAAUUUGAAGUUGAUGUGAAAGAUGUGGCCUGGAUUCCGGCUUAUUCAUUAAUGGGAUAUGCAAUUACGUAUAAAAUUGGAAUGGGGUUUCUACCACAAGUAAUUGUUUCUGAAUUGUUUCCAAAUAAUGUUAAAGCAUUCGGUAUGACUUACGGAGAUUUCUUGUUAAUUGUUUUUAGUUUUGUUUCCCUCAUUUUUUAUCAAUAUCUUAAUUACUUUUACGGACAUUAUGUUCCUCUUUAUACUUUUACUGUGGUUGCUUUCCUCGGAGCAAUUUUUACGUUUUAUUACGUGCCAGAGACUAAAGGCAAAACACUGGAUCAAAUACAAAUAAUGCUUCACGAAAUGUAAAACAUAUAUAGGAGUAUUAUUUUAUGUACCUACAUAUUAGCUUUGUAAAUUUUAGAUAGAUUAAGUUAAUACUAAUUCCAUAUACCUUUAUUUUAUUUUAGUGUGACAAGU